AGUAGGCGUGGUUGAAAUGUACCUGGCUGUUGUACUGUUGCUUUGCGCUUUUUCAUCAGUGUCUGGCGUGCGUGACGAUCUUGAAUGCGUUGUUAACAGUGACUAUUGCUCUUGCGACUUCAACGACGGGAGAGGAAAAAUAAACCUUGCACCACUGGCGUCCUCUUCCAAAGACAAGCCAGCCUUUAAUUUGAUCCAAGAUCCAGGUCGUUCUUACAGCUACGCCUUUAAUCCAUGCUCACCGUUUAAUGACGGCAGCGGCUGUUCCGUUGAAAAGGACACUGCUGCUUGUCAGAGAGGUACAGACACUGGAGGCGGCCUUUCAGUCAGUCUUGGAGCUCAAAGAACUGUAUCUUUCAAUGUCACAGAUGAGGAAACCCGAAGCGUCCUGAUGAUCAUUACAUCAGGCGACGAUGGCAGAAAGACAUUGAUAAACUUGGUGUGUGAUGAAAAGUUUGGAACAACUGCAGUCACUUCUAACAUGACAUUUGUUAAAGAGGAAAAGCAAUAUCACUACGUUUUCAACUUGCGAAGCAAAUGUGCGUGUGUUGAUGGUUGCAAAGGCCCAAGUCAUCUCUUACUUUCAAUAGGCACAAUCAUACUAAUUGGAUUGGCUUUUGUUAUUAUCAUUUAUCUGGUGGCUGGAAUUCUCUUCAGGAAAUUUAAACAGGGAGCAACUGGUGCAGAGGUCAUUCCUAAUCACAGCUUUUGGUUUUCGUUACCAGGGCAUAUCAAGGAUGGAAUCAAAUUUUCGUUCAGAAAAUGCCGAAAAUCAAGUGUUGAGUAUGAAGCACUUCAGUAGCUAACAUACUAACAGCAAAGUAAGUCUUGUAACUAGCAAUGCCUUGGAGCUAAAAGAGCUGAAUGGCAUAGGCUGUCUCUAGCAGUGUUGGUGUAUUUGAUGUAUAAUUUGCAUAAAGUCUCAGAAUAGCUAUCAAUACAUAAAUGUAUAACUGCAUGUCUUUAGAAUAGUGAGUCACUGA